CUUACAGAUAUGGGAGACAUGGGAGACCCACCAAAAAAAAAACGCCUGAUUUCCCUAUGUGUUGGUUGCGGCAAUCAAAUUCACGAUCAGUAUAUUCUGAGGGUUUCUCCGGAUUUGGAAUGGCAUGCGGCGUGUUUGAAGUGUGCAGAAUGUAAUCAGUAUUUGGACGAGACCUGUACGUGCUUUGUUAGGGAUGGCAAAACCUACUGUAAAAGAGAUUAUAUCAGGUUAUACGGCAUCAAGUGCGCCAAGUGCAGCAUCGGCUUCAGCAAGAAUGACUUCGUGAUGCGCGCCCGCGCCAAGGUGUACCACAUCGAGUGUUUCCGCUGCGUGGCUUGCAGCCGCCAGCUCAUCCCCGGCGAUGAAUUCGCGCUGCGGGAGGACGGCCUCUUCUGCCGGGCAGACCACGACGUAGUGGAGCGGGCCAGCCUGGGCGCUGGGGACCCACUCAGCCCCCUGCACCCCGCCCGGCCGCUGCAGAUGGCAGCAGAACCUAUCUCUGCUAGACAGCCAGCUCUGCGACCCCACGUCCACAAGCAGCCCGAGAAGACCACCCGAGUCCGGACUGUCCUUAACGAAAAACAGCUUCACACCUUGAGGACCUGCUACGCUGCCAACCCCAGACCUGACGCCCUCAUGAAAGAGCAACUGGUAGAAAUGACUGGCCUCAGCCCGAGGGUCAUCAGGGUUUGGUUUCAAAACAAGCGGUGCAAGGACAAAAAAAGGAGCAUUAUGAUGAAGCAGCUUCAGCAGCAACAACCCAAUGACAAAACUAAUAUCCAGGGGAUGACAGGAACUCCGAUGGUGGCUGCUAGUCCGGAGAGACAUGACGGUGGUUUACAGGCGAACCCGGUGGAGGUGCAGAGUUACCAGCCGCCCUGGAAAGUACUGAGUGACUUCGCAUUGCAGAGUGACAUAGACCAACCUGCUUUUCAGCAACUAGUUAAUUUUUCAGAAGGAGGACCCGGUUCCAAUUCUACUGGAAGUGAAGUAGCAUCAAUGUCCUCUCAGCUGCCAGAUACGCCCAACAGCAUGGUAGCCAGUCCUAUUGAGGCAUGAGGAACAUUCAUUUCUGUUGUUGUUUCUGCCCUUACACUCAACCUUGUUCGAGAGAGUGGGAAAGCGAUCACGUUGGGACUCCGAAAUUUAGGGGGGAAAAGUAUUUAACAAUCCUAUAAUUAACCUAGCAAGGAAUUGCUCCACGAAAUGAACGGAGUCAUGUUUGAAAAGACAAGGUAAUAUGGUAGCAACACUGUGAAGACAAUCAUGGGAUCUUACUAGAAUAAAUACUAAAACAAACAAACAAAAACAAAACAAAAACAAACAAACAAACAAAACACAAAAAAGAAACUACAAAAAAACCACAAAAACCCAACAAAAACCACAAAACGCAAACUAAAAACAAACAAAAGCAAAAAAAAAACACAAAGAAAAAAUCACAAACGACAAAAGAAAGCAAAACAAAACCAAAAAAUAACAAGCAACAAAGCCUGCGCUAUUCAAUGAUCAGAGAAGGAUCGAAAAGUCAUUUUCAAAACUUAAAGGAUUUGUAUUCGUGGAUCUCAAAAAAAAAAA